AUGAAUAAAGAUGAAUCUCUUCAACUCUUUUCAAACAAAGCAUUCAACGAAGAUCAUCCUCCUGAUGAGGAUUAUUUGAAGUUGUCUGAAUCUGUGGUUGAAUAUACAGGAGGUCUUCCUUUGGCACUUGAAGUUUUGGGCUCUUUUCUUUGUGGGAGGAGUAAAGCUGAAUGGAUGGAUGCUUUGGAUAGGUUGAAGCAAAUUCCUGAUAAUGAUAUCCUUCAAGGAUCUGAGGCAAUACAAGCCAUUGUUAUGGAAGAUGAUCGUUAUGGGGAGCUAGAAGUAGAAGUACAUCCUGAAGCCUUUUCAAAGAUGAGUAACAUUAGGUUAUUCUUCUUUUCAAUCUUUGGUACAGAGACAGAGAUGUUAGAUUGCUUGUCACUUCGUAGUUGGUUCAUCUUACCAAGCGGAUUGAAAUCUUUAUCUGGUGCAUUAAAAGUUGUUCGAUGGCCAUUAUUUCCUUUGGAAGCUCUUCCACUUGAAACUCCAUUGCAUAAAAUUGUUGCAAUUGAAAUGCAUAAAAGCAAGAUAAAGCAACUUUGGAAUGACAAACAGUUUAUGAAGAAUUUGAAAUUUAUGGACUUGAGAAAUUCUCCCAAUUUUACGGAAACUCCAGACUUCUCAAGAGUUCCAAAUUUAGAGCAUUUACGUCUUAGUGAGUGCAAAUCUCUUGUCAAGGUUCAUCCCUCACUUGGACAGUUGAAAGAACUUGUUGAGGUGUACUUGGAUGGUUGUAAAAAUCUUGAAAUCCUACCAGAAAAAUUUGAAACAGAUUCCUUGAUAAAGUUAGAUCUUAGUAGGUGUGGAAAAGUUGCAGUGCUCCCAGAGUUCGGGGAAGGUAUGAAAAAAUUAUCAUAUCUUGAUGUGAGUAACACUGCUAUACGUAGACUUCCUAUAUCACUUGGAUCCUUGACGGGUCUUGGAUAUUUAGAUUUACGGUGUUGCAAAAUUCUUAAUCUUGACGAGUUCUUGAAGACUCACAUAACUCGUCAAAUUGCUGGCUUGAAUGUAACGUCAUUAACAGAGUUAUAUUUAGAGUGGUGUGGCAUAAAUGAUGGAUCGAUUCCUGAUGAUUUUCACAGUUUAUCAUCACUCAUUGUAUUGGAUCUAUCAGGUAAUGAUUUUGUUUAUCUACCCACUGGUUGCUUCUCUGGUCUUUCUCGACUUGUCUUUCUUUCAUUGGAUUUUUGCACGAUGCUUAAGUCAUUGCCAAGGCUUCCACCACGGUUAAUUCGAUUAAAUGCCUCCAAUUGUGAUUCGAUGGAACCAUUAUCAUCAGAUGGACAAUUAUGGAAUUUGGUUGCUUCACUUGACCAUGAGUGUCGUGGGCGAACUAAAUAUGUAAUCCCUUAUGAUGAGGAAGAAGAGCCCGGUAUAUAUAUGUUCAAUCUGUUUGAAUGUGUUGCCCCGAGAGAUUUCUAUGCAAUUAUUCCCGGAUGCAAAAUGCCAUCAUGGUUUCAAAAUAAAGAAGAUUAUCCUUUGUCUGAGAAGAAAGGGGAAUAUGAAUAUGUGAUAAAAGUGGACAUACCUCCACGUUGUUUCGAUAGUAAAUGGUGCGGAAUUGUUGUAUGUUUCUUUAUCUCAGGUUGUGGUGACAUGGUGAUUGAUUGGAGUAGUAAAGCUGCAGAAGAUGAUGAUGAUUAUAUACACAACUUGGGGAGACAUUCGAUUUUCGUCUUUAAUUAUCCUAUGGCUAACCAGUGCAUAAUGGUGUUGGAAUUAAAUGAGGAAACAUGUUGGCAGCACCUAAGAGCUCAUGAUAGCAAUUCCCUUCACAUUAAACUUUCGACGUACGUCGGUGAGAUGGAAAUAAAGGGAAGUGGGUGGAGAGUGAUAUGUAAAGAAGACAUACAAGAGUGGUGCAAUCUCAGGGAUUCCGACCAACUCACCCGACCACAACUUGCUGCUCCUGAUGAUGAACUCAAGCUUUCUUGGAGAAUGCUUCGCAAGUUCAUUAUGAAGUUGUAA